AUGAAUUCGCACGCCUUCCAUGUCCAACCGCUCCAUCGCUUCAAUGGCUCCACGGCCAUUCGGCGCCCUAGAGAAAUCGCCUGUUUCUCUUACGAUGAAGAGCAUAAUCUUCGGCUCGACGAUUCAUCCAUGAAAUACUACUAUCCACCGCAACCGGCGCAAAUGCCUGCCGACCUGAAUGAGGGCUUCGAGUCAUUUCAAAAGCUCAAUGACGCCAAAGAUGAACAUUUAGAUGCCCUUUUAGAUACGAUUGCUGCAUUUGAGGAAAAUACAGGCUCAAAAUGCGAGGCCGAUAUUAUCACCUGGCGAGGGAUGAUGACAAAGAUAAUGACAGCUCCUUUUGAUAUGUUGAAUGGGUUCGAAAUGAACGCGACUUAUUUUCAGGGAUCAAUAUUCAUCGAAGAGAACAAUACGUACAAAAACAAGCAGAAGGAAAUACAAAGGAAUCAGCGGCCGUUGCCCGGGAUGCCUUCGCAAGAUGUGAUGGCAUAUUGGGGAUACAAAUUUGAAACCCUUUCUGUCAUCUCGGAUACUUGGGGCGCCACAUCUCGAGAUAAGAUCGAAGGCCGAGUCCACGAAGUCGUUAACAACAAAGCACAAUAUUGCUCCGUUGUCCGAACCGGCAUUGGAAAGACAAAGCUCGUGAUUGGUGGUGAGGUUGAUGCUAUUUGGGAUAGCAAACCUAUUCGCAAAGAAGACCCCAUCAACUGGGUUGAGUUAAAGACAACUUCAGAGCUGUUCAAUGAUAAAGAGAAGAUGAAGUUUGAGAGGAAACUGCUCAAAUUUUGGGCUCAGUCUUUCCUCCUUGGGGUUCCGAAAAUUAUCGUAGGCUUUCGUGACAAAGCAGGAAUUCUUCUGCGGCUAGAAGAACUUGAGACACAUACCAUACCUGGAAAGGUCAAGAGAGAUGGUAAAGGAAGCUGGGAUGGUAAUGUCUGCAUCAACUUUACAGCAGCAUUUCUCGAAUGGCUCAAGUCAGUUGUGAAUACAGACGGGAUUUGGCGAAUUCGAAAACGGGAUAAAUCGCCCGUAAUAGAGGUAUAUAAGCUAGAGGAAAGCGGUCACGGCGACAUACUUUCGUCCAAAUUUACCACGUGGAGAACGAGGGGGAAAUCUUCUGCCAACGAUGCCGAUUUAGCACAUCAGAUUGAUUGCAAUCCGGGGUGGACUCCUAGCGUGGUCAACGAGAAGGUGUCGAUCGGUUAA